UCCCUCUUCGACCAAAUGCUGAAGCAUCGGAACCCCUUUUACAAGUACGACGCUUUCAUAGCCGCCGCGAACUCCUUCAGCGGGUUCGGGACGACCGGUGAUGCCACCACUCGUGCGAGGGAAAUCGCCGCCUUCCUAGCCCAAACCUCCCACGAAACAACUGGUGGGUGGGCAACGGCCCUUGACGGUCCAUAUGCUUCGGGCUACUAUUAUGUCACGGAACAAUCCGACACAUCGGAUCACUGCCAAUGGAGGCCGGAGUGGCCAUGCGCUCCCGGCAAGAAGUACUAUGGCCGAGGACCCAUGCAGAUCUCCUUCAACUACAACUACGGACCGGCGGGGCAAGCCAUCGGCGUCGACCUGCUCAACAACCCGGACCUGGUCGCCACCGACCCGGUCGUCUCGUUCAAGACGGCCUUGUGGUUCUGGAUGACGCCGCAGUCGCCGAAGCCGUCGUGCCACGACGUGAUCACCGGGCGGUGGACCCCGUCGACCGCCGAUCAGUCCGCAGGGAGGUUGCCGGGAUACGGUGUCGUCACCAACAUCAUUAACGGAGGGUUGGAGUGCGGGAUAGGGCCCGAUGCCCGGGUUGCGGACCGGAUCGGAUUCUACAAGACGUAUUGUGACCUCCUGGGAGUGAGCUAUGGAGACAACUUGGACUGCUACGGCCAGAGGCCUUUUGGAUUUGCCUCCUUAUCCGAGAGUCGAGAAGGCUAAAUGUGUGUCGGCUUCAGCUGCAUGAUGGAUGUACUAAAUAAAGCAGCCGCCUCUCUUAUCGCCACAAUGUGUGGCAGCCCAGGAUAAAUUACCUGUGCCUGUUGUCACUCGACAAUGUUCUCGAGUUCUUAAUUCCCGCUAUCCUGUAAUAAUAAUCUUGUUUUCCGCGGGACAAAAUUUAGUGUGUCGUGGCACGAUGACUUCGACGAUUGCGGCGUCAUCCAAAACCAGACGGCAGGUUGCCGAGCAGGUCCGAUACGAUGGCUUGCCCGGCCGAACAUGCAGCAUGACAGACUUGGUGAUUCGUGGUGAAGUGCUACCGUGGUUCCUCGUUGACUUCGACUCUGCUUUUAUCGACAGUUCAUCGUUUCGCUUGUAAGUCAACCACGCUUAUUUUCUUGACCAGGUCAACGGAACCGAGCAGUAGUUUACGGAGAGUAGUGGCGUCCUCUAUAAGCAAUGCAAUCCAUUCUCUGCUUGCGACGGCAAAGAGAGUGAAAGCAGGGUGAAUAAGAUGAUAUGUAUCCUCCUUGUCCUCCAAAGGAUGCUGCAGUUAUCUAUAGCUUUCAGACGAUUCUCUUCUUCCUUUCGUGUUCUCUUACUGUUCUGUUACCUUCUCUUUACAUUCUCAGGACGGUCAAAGAGGUCAAAAAGAAGGGGGAAGAGUUACACUAGUGAGAAAUUACAUGUUUUGGCAUGGGAUAUCUCUCUAACAAAUAAUCCAAGAGACUUUCUAGCUUGGGUGAAUGGAGGAGGCUUUACUGCUGUUACUGCUCCGCAGAUGACGGAUGGCCAACGCACCCGAGAGUUCAUGAUGUCCCAGUGCACCUCGGACUCCUACGAUCGCUCCAUCGACAUACCCAUGGCUGAUAACAAUAUGGACUCGGGUGCUGGUGGUGGUGAUGAUUCCCAGCCAUGGCUUGCCCCGCAGGCAAUGGCGACGGGCGCUCAAGCUCUUCCCUGGGAUCUCUACGCCUCCCACUUGAACUUGUUCGACAGGACGAAGGAUGACGACGUCCUGCACGAUGGCUCUACCAGAAACUUCUUCCU